GCAGUGAUCUUGGGGGCGCCGGGCUCCGGCAAGGGCACCGUGUCGUCGCGCAUUACCCAACACUUCGAGCUGAAGCACCUCUCCAGCGGGGAUCUGCUCAGAGGCAACAUCCUUCAAGGCACAGAAAUUGGUGUGUUAGCCAAGACUUUCAUUGAACAAGGGAAGCUCAUCCCAGAUGAUAUCAUGACUCGACUGGCCUUGCAUGAGCUGAAAAACCUCACCCAGUAUAACUGGCUCUUGGAUGGUUUCCCAAGGACUCUUCCUCAGGCAAAAGCCCUGGAUAAAGUUUAUAAAAUAGACACCGUGAUUAAUCUGAAGGUGCCCUUUGAGGUCAUUAAGCAGCGCCUCACAGCUCGCUGGAUUCAUCCGGCCAGCGGCCGAGUCUACAACAUCGAAUUCAACCCUCCCAAAACUGUGGGCAUCGACGAUCUGACUGGGGAGCCUCUCGUGCAGCGUGAGGACGAUAAACCGGAGACGGUUGCCAAGAGACUGAAGGCUUACGAAGCUCAGACAGAGCCAGUCUUGGAAUACUACCAGAAAAAAGGAGUGUUGGAAACAUUCUCCGGAACCGAAACCAACAAGAUCUGGCCCGAUGUAUAUGCCUUCCUACAAACAAAAGUGCCACAAAUUAACCAGAAAUCAUCAGUUACUCCUUGAGGAAAAGCCGGUGUAACUACUUUUGAUAAAAUUCCCAAUGACAACAUCCUACAUAGAUUCAAAAAUUGCUGAAUCACAGCUAAAUUUGGCUGGAAGUCAACAGAUGAGCCAUUGAAAACUGUGUUAGAUCAUCAAAAAGCAGUUCUGCUGAUCAUAAAGACAGUAAUGUCAAAGAUUCAUAUGACUUUGAAUAAAACUUUUGUAAAAUUUUAAAGAAAA